AUGAGUUCUAUUCGCGUUAUUCCAUUGGGUGCUGGCCAAGAUGUUGGGAGAAGCUGCAUUCUUGUUACGCUAGGUGGUAAAAAUAUUAUGUUUGAUUGUGGAAUGCAUAUGGGAUACAAUGAUGAUAGGAGGUUUCCUGAUUUCACCUAUAUCACCGACAAAGGGGGUCUUACAGAAUACUUAGAUUGCGUUAUCAUCAGUCAUUUUCACCUCGAUCACUGUGGUGCACUGCCAUAUAUGACUGAAGUGAUUGGUUAUGAUGGUCCAAUUUAUAUGACUCAUCCUACCAAAGCCAUUUGCCCAAUACUUCUGGAAGAUUAUCGUAAAAUCAAUGUUGAACGUAGAGGAGAACAGAACUUUUUCACUUCUGAUAUGAUAUACCGGUGUAUGACAAAAGUUAAGUGUGUAUACAUACAUCAGACUGUUAAAGUGGAUGAUGACCUAGAAAUACAAGCAUUUUAUGCAGGUCACGUUUUGGGCGCAGCAAUGUUUCUUGUACGUGUAGGAACAAAAUCUGUCUUAUACACCGGUGAUUACAACAUGACACCUGAUAGACAUCUUGGAGCAGCCUGGGUUUCCCGUUGCCGUCCUGAUCUUCUCAUUACAGAAAGUACAUAUGCAACGACGAUACGAGACUCAAAACGUACAAGGGAACGGGAGUUUUUGGAAAAGAUACAUGCUCGUGUUGAGGCUGGAGGCAAAGUGUUAAUUCCUGUUUUUGCUUUAGGCAGAGCCCAAGAACUUUGUAUAUUACUUGAAUCAUAUUGGGAAAGGAUGAAUAUUUCUGUACCAAUAUACUUUUCUAUGGGUAUGGCUGAAAAAGCUAAUGAAUAUUACAAGUUAUUUAUAUCUUGGACUAAUCAAAAAAUCAAAGAAACAUUCGUUAAGCGCAAUAUGUUUGAUUUUAAGCACAUCAAGCCUCUUGGACAAGGUACAGUUGACAAUCCUGGACCAAUGGUGGUCUUUGCCACACCUGGUAUGCUUCACGCUGGCCAAUCCUUGCAUAUAUUUCGUAAAUGGGCUUCAGAUGAACGAAAUAUGGUCAUUAUUCCAGGAUACUGUGUUGCUGGGACAGUCGGUUACAAGAUUUUAAAUGGAGUGAAACGCCUUGAAUUUGACAAGCAAGUCCUAGAGGUCAAAAUGUGUGUUGAAUACUUAUCGUUUUCAGCCCAUGCAGAUGCCCGUGGUAUUAUGCAGUUAAUCUCUCAUUGCCAACCAAAACACGUAAUGUUGGUACAUGGGGAGGCCAAUAAAAUGGACUUUUUGAAGUUGAAAAUUGAACAAGAAUUUGGGUUACCUUGUUCAAAGCCUGCAAAUGGAGAAAUAGUUCACAUAGAGACAGAACCACAAUUCAUCGUAGAAACCUCCAGAGAAUUCCUCAGUCAAUCUUACCAUUCAGAUGACCCUAAUGAACCACUUAUUAAGCGUGUCCGUUCUGUCCAAGGUGGAAUUCAAAUAGAACCUGGCGAGACUCCUAAACUUCUUGAUCGAGCUUCUGUUUUGGCUUCAUUUAAUUUAAAAGAGCAUGUGAUGCGAUUCACCUCAACGCAUAUAUUCACCUCGUCGUCGAAUCUUAACACUAUUCUGGAUAAAUUCAUCAAACUGUGUUCAAAACUACCCAUAGAUCCACCAAAACUACUUCAUAAUCAAAUUCAUUUCAAUGACUCAACAAUUGUAUCAAUUUGUGAUCCUAUGCUGGAUGAGUUUGACGAUAAAACCCAGGAAAGACAAACAGUUCUACGUCGUACAUCUAAUGUACAAGCUAAAGAAUAUGUGUGCCAUGUAACCUACAGCUUACAGAGUGAAAGUUUAGGAGAACAACUUAUGAAAAUAUUCAAAGAACAAGUUAUUGGUAUUUAA